AUGAUGACCCAUGUUGCGGAGCUCCGCCCUAUCUUUGAGCGCUUCGGACUUGGAACUGCCGAACUUCUCCUAAACCGGGAACUGAACAAUGAGGAAGUUUGGAAUAUGCCUGGGCUCGAGGAAAAGCAGGCCAUGGCCAAGCAGGCCGAAGGCGCGCUUCCACGCAUCCAGGACAGUCUUGAAUGCGUUGUGGAUCAGACCUACGCCGUUGUCUUUGAUCAGAAUGAACACGACCCACUGAAUUUGGAUCCGGUCUCAUACAGCACGCCAUUAUUUACUGUCACCCUUGUGCUCUUGGGAAAUGCGAGCGAUUACAAAACAGUUCAGUAUCACAUUCCCGAGAUCGAUAUUAUCGCCAAAGCCUGA